CAAUCACCUACAGAUCUGGAGUCGAGAAGAAAAGUGUCACAACGUCCGUCUGCUGACAGAGAAUGGGCACAAAAUGUCUCUGCUGGAGUUAAUCCUUAUUUUCGUGCUUCAGUUCGAAGCAGGCAUCAGUGGAAAAACCAUCUUCAUCAACAACAGAGCUGGACAUGAUGCCACUCUGACCUGCAACGAUCCCUCUGACACAACAUGCUCCACCAUCACGUGGCUUUAUAACAGAUAUCCAGCUCACACUUUCACUGAGGUUCAACAAGGAAAUUUUGAGGUGGGCUCAGGCCGAGCUGCCAGGAUGAGUCUGGACACAUCCUGCUCUUUGGUCAUCAACAACAUCACUGCUGAGGAUGUUGGUCUGUACACCUGUCGGCAGUGGGGCUACACUGAUCUGGAUGUAUCUACAUAUCUAAGUGUUCUGACAAUCUCUCCGUCUCCAGCAGACGCUGAUCCAAAGAGGGACGAUGAAGUCACAUUAGAGUGCUCUCUGUUGAGAUACACUGAGUUUGGUACUUGUAAACUGAACAGCAUCCGCUGGGUGGAUGAGACAGGAGCUGUGCUGCGUGGUAAAGGUGUCGGGUACGAGUUCCUCGAACAGUUGAACUGUGCUUCUUAUCUCUUGGUGAAGCGUCAGAGUGGCCAUAACAGGAGAUACACCUGCCAGGUGGUUGAUAAGGAGAACAAUGUGGAGGUACAGGCUGACUACACACCUGACUUCAAAGGUGGCAGCAGAGAUGAAGAGGCAGAAAAAUCUAAUUCAGAUCCCUUUCUUGGGAUCAUCUUGGGUGCAGUGUUCGGGAUGGCGGUUGUGCUGGUUGUCAUCACUGCUGUUCUCAUCAGAUACAGGAAGCGAGCCAAAGUGACAGAAGAUGUUCAAAAACCAAGCCAACACCCUGAUGACGCAGAGAACAGCCUGACCUACGUCACCGUUAGCCAUGCUAAUCAGCUAGCCUGCCCUCAGAAAAAGGUCAAAGAGGAGGAGGUCACUUAUUCCAUAGUCAAGACAGCAGCGAAGACAGAAGCAGACAAUGAUCCCAGCAGCCUCUACAUCUACGUCAGCUAACCAAAAAUAAAUCAAAGGAAAUGAAACUUCCCAUCAUGUCAUAUUCAGAAAACCUGCUGCCAGUGUGUUUUCUGUCUGAUAGGAAGUGGAUAUUUGGAUCCGGGACUCAGGGAUGAAAAGAUGAGUAUUUCUUUCUAGUAGUGUUGCUUUGCUUUGCUGUUCUCUGAAACUCACGCUGAUGGUAGAAGCACUUUGUGAACUCUUAUUCAGCCACUUUCUGAUUUUCAGAAAGACUUGGAUUGUGUUGUGAUUCUUUUGCAAUGAAUGGCGUCUUUGUAGGUCAGCAAAGACAAAUGAUGUGUGUCAGUAUCAUAAUGUGACUUACUUAUUUGACUAACAAAAAAUAAAGGUUCGUAAAUGUUGAAUGUGACUGACCACAUAUGAGAAGACAUCUGAGAAAAAAGGAAAUGACAAGGUCAAUAGUAUUUAUAUAUCCCAAAAUCAAUACUUUGACUGAUAGGGCUUUGCAACCUGCUCAGCAUACUGCAGCCUCUCGCCUUGGACCUGCCAUUCAGAUAUAUGCCACAAUACAUUUUGCCGCUGUAAGGCGCCAGCCACUGGUGUCCAGUAUAUCGGGUAAGGGAGACCAAUACAAAAAGCUACUGCAGGAUGUAAAUAAUAGAAAACGGGCAUAUAAGCUGCCGUUUGUCUCCGAAAGUGUUGCUAAUCACUGCAAAAUCAUAGUUAUCACAUAGAACCUGCUAGAGUUUACUACAGUCAUUUACACUUUGCCUGCUAUUUAAUGUAAUAAACCUGGAACUGUCUUUACAAUUUAAGGAUGAACGAAUGCAGCGUUUACUGUUGGUGUUGUUAUCUACUGUGUUGUCAGUAAGGGUGGUGACUGCUUGUAUUUCUCAUAAUACUUCUUAUUUUGUAAGAAUAUCCUGUUACCGCACUCUCUCAGACCAAAGUGUAACGUGAGGAAUAAACAUGCAAAUCCUUGCAUGGCAAC